AUGGAUGUUGCAAACGAGCAAGCUGUUAAAGAGCUUCAUAAGAAAGGGGACCUAAUCAUUGGAGGGCUGUUUCCAAUCCACAAAAAGAGCGAUGUGACAGAAAACGCAUGCGGGGCAUUUCACCUACAACCAGGCUAUCAAUACAUGAUCGCUAUGCUGUUUGCUCUCGAGCAAAUCAAUAACAAUUCGGAUCUGCUUCCGAACAUAACUUUGGGAACGAAAAUUUACGACACCUGCCGAAGUACCACAAUAGCUGCCGACCGCGCCCGAGAUUUUAUCAAGGAAACGCUAUUUGAAGAUAAAGACCCCUUGGUGGCUGUGGUUGGGCCGUUUAUUAGUGACGUCUCCAUAGCAACAGCUCCGUUGCUAAGAGUGUUUGGAAUACCUCAGGUUAGUUACGGUUCAAGCAGCUCGGCCCUUAGCAAUAAGGAGCUUUACGGCAACUUUUUUCGAACCGUACCGCCUGACACGUUUCAAGUAGAUGCAAUAGCUGAUAUUCUUGAGUAUUUUGGCUGGAAGUACAUUGCUGCUAUAAGUUCCAAAGGGAACUAUGGAGAAAAGGGGAUAGCAGAUUUAGAGAAAGCCACACAGAAGCGAGGGAUAUGUGUAGCCAUUUCUCAGGCUCUUCCUUUUAUGCCCAAAUCAUCUGACUACACAAGCAUUAUUCAAGAGAUCCAAAAAGACGCUUAUAAAGAUGUCAAUAUCAUCGUGCUGUUCACAUCYCAAACAGACUCAACUGGGCUUCUCCAYGCAGCCAUGGAUCUAAAUGCAGAUCGUUUCACUUGGGUUGGAAGCAGUGGCUGGAGUAACCGUAUGGACGUCAUUUUUGGUAAGGAGAAAAUAGCAAACGGUUCGAUUACAGUCAACCAUCUUGGAGGACAAGUAAAGGGAUUUGAGGAAUAUUAUAUGAAUGUUAGCUCCCAUAUCCAAAGUCCAUGGUCCAAUGAGUUCUUCAGUGAAGUUCUGACAUGUAACUAUGGAAAAGCACCAAAGAAUGAUGCCCAAAAUUGCACGUUUAAUCACACAUUACCAAAUAUGGAAAUGUCUCCUGCUCGAGUUGUGAUUAAUGCGGUGUACGCAUUAGCGCAUGCUCUUCAUGACAUGAAGCUGACCGAGUGCCAUGMCCAGACAGGAGUCUGRGAUAGAAUGAAGGCACGACUGCGAAAYGUUAAACUUGCAGAGUAUUUGAAAAACGCUACGUUUCCAGAUGCAGUUUCUGGUCAGCUAAUGAAYUUCAACAGCAAUCAGGAGAUGGAUGGUAAUUACACCAUAAUGAACUUCCAGCAGAAAGACACCAAUACAUGGGAUUACGUGAAGGUUGGAGAUUGGGGUGUAGUGGUCAAAGACGAUGGCACAGUCGAAAAAAGUUUCAGAAUCAAUAUUGACUCGUUGUCAUGGGGUAAUUCAKUCUCAAGGCCACCAGUAUCGAUCUGCAGUCGCCGCUGUAUCUUUCCUUUCAUCAGCCAGCCACUCKCUUUCCACUCAAAGUGUUGCUGGAAAUGCGUGAAAUGCCAACCCAAUCAAAUCAUGGUGAAUGACACCUGCCAAUCAUGUAAGCAAGGACAACGUCCAAGUGUCAAUCUUAGUGAAUGCUCGAUGAUACCUUUAAGCUAUCCUAGUUUUGAAGAUGGUGUAGGCAUAGCGUGCACAGUACUUACAGUCUUGGCAAUUAUAUGCACUUUGUCAACUGCUUUCUUCUUUGUGAUGUACAGGAAUCACCCUGUUACUAAAGCCUCWGCGAAGGAGCUCAGUGCAAUAAUARUAGRUGGAAUCUUUCUCUGRUAUAUCUCAGUCUUCCCGUUUUUGUUAAAGCCAUCGCCGCUUAWUUGCACYAUUUGCCGAUACUUAGGCUCAAUUUGCUUUACGUUCUGUUACGCGCCACUUCUCAUGAAGACCAACCGCAUUUACAGGAUUUUCACGCGCGGGAAGAAAUCUGUCACCAGACCUUCUAUGGUGAGCCCUUCAUCUCAAGUACUAGUGAGUGCAGGAUUGAUAAGUAUUCAAGCUGUUAUCACUACAUGCUGGGUGAUUUCUUCCCCUCCGGCCAUCAAAUACCAUUAUCAUAGCCUUGAGGUAACGGAAAUCGAGUGUGACACUGAGAACGUUGCCCUCGUAAGUAACCUAUCCUACAAUGUCGUCUUGAUGGCUAUUUGCACUCUUUUCGCGUUCAAGACCAGGCAAUUUCCACGCAAUUUCAACGAAGCAAAGUACAUCGGAAUCAUGAUGUAUUUGAUCUGUUCAGUUUGGAUUAUCUUCUUUCCUACAAUUAUAAARAUGGACAGUCCGUUUGCCAAGGCUUUUAUCAUAACUGRAUCCUAUUGGCUCAUUGGUACAAUCAUCCUCAUUGGUUUAUUUUUCCCUAAAAUCUACAUAAUUCUCUCCUCGAGCAAGCAAAGUACACAGUCCAACCAAAACAACUCGGCAGACUUCGCGCACAUGGCCAAACUUCAAAACAAUUCUUCUCAGAAUCACAUGCAUGAUUUUUGUGAACCCUCGACCUUCUUACGCGUUGACAGGGCACACUCAGGUCACGUGUUAGGGACAGAAGGAGAACUUACGAAGAACGUAAACGUACUUCGUUGUGUUACACACUCCGGAAGUGUCACGCCAUCUAUGAGUYUCACGCCAUCUCCGGAACCAAUCCUGGAAAGUUAGUUCCACACGACCUUGGAGUAUCUUUAUUGUUCGAAUAUUAGUACGUUUUCACCAAAACAUAGAAUUUGAUACUGUUUUUGAAACGAGUAUCUAUACCAUAAUAUUUAAUGUAUAAGAUUUAAAGUAAUUUCAAUUGGUAAUUUACUGAAAUAAGGCAUUGCACAAAAUCCUGUAUAUUUGACGUUCAGUUUUGUCGAUGACAUGAAUAAAACAAGCAGCUCGUGAUGCUGCAACAUCAAGAAAGACGAGAACAACAGUAAUGUUGUUAUCAAAAGUGAGGAAUUUGCCGCGACACAAUCACGUCCACUUUGAUGUUGUUUUGAUAUAUCAAUACUGUCGUGUGUAAAGCAAUUCAGAUGAUUUAAAGCAAAUUAAUAUGGCAUGUUAUGAAAAUAAAGAAAAAAAGAAUACCAAAAAAAAUUAGUAUUUGAUUUUUGAUAACAUUAUCAUGAUAUUAAGAACAAGAACAAAAACAACAACGAUAUUAAGAGCACAGUUGAAUUUGCCGCUAUAUAACCACUCCCCACCGGAUACAGCCUUUUGCAAAAAUUAUGAGAAUUGUCUAAAUA